GUGCGAGUGAGAUCAGAUAUACCAGAAAUGAUGUAUCAACGGAUAAAACGAUAAGGACGUGAACAGCAUCGUCUCACCAGCAGAGGAAAAAAAAUGGAGUUUUGGUAAAAAAAAAGUAGAAUUUGGAGCUUGGAGGUUGUAAAGAGUGGAUCUUUGUUUUUUUUCUCUUAACUCUAUCCCCCGGAAUCAAUUAGAUUCCGAUUGGGAUCCAACUACCACGGAAGAAAGCAUCGGAUUUGACUGUGUUCAGAAUUCAGCUGCAACGCAUUCGACGGAUUGCCGAUGAGUCGCGGGUUUGAGCUCACUGUUUUUGACUUUUCUGAUUAAAGAUGAACAUUAUUUCAUGAAUGAUUUUGGAGAAUGAGGAUAUAAUGGCAGCGGCGGAAGCUAGGACUGCUUGGCAGCGAGCUGCAAAUCGUUGCUUAGUACAAGAAGAUGCUAAAAGAGCUCCAAAAUUAGCCUGCUGCCCAUCAUCGUCUGUUCCGCAGAACGACUCGAACAAUACGGAUGCAACGAAUGGACAGGAUCAAUGUGCAUCCAGCUUUAUGCCCUUAAGUUGGAACUUCAUGAAUUCUAAUCUUCCAUCUGACACAAAAUGGUGGCUUCAAAUGCAGCCUAACUUUGGUUACAAGAAGGAUUUCAUGUAUGAACAACUGAAAGGCUUAUCAGAUGAGCAUUUAGAGGCAGAAGAAACAGUAAACCAAGCUUCUUUUACUGAUGAGGAAAAGCAUGAUGGAUACAUAGAUGGUGGGAAUAAGGAUAGUCCUAUGGAGUCUUCCUGUGUGGUGUCAGCAAUUUCAGUGAACCAUGAUUCUGAAAGUAGGAUUCAGGAGAUAAAGGAAUUAAAUAGUACUUUCUCACAGAAGACACUUAAGCAUACGGUGGACACCAGGGACUGUUAUUUCCAGAAAGAGCUUUUAGACAUGAAACCAAUUGAUCACUUAUCAUCCAAAAAGACAGAGAUGGCUAAUUUGGACUUGGGAACACCAUGGGAAAGAAGUAAUAAGUGUGAACCCUGGUGGCGUGUUUCAGAUAAAGAAGAAUUGGCUUCCUUUGUCGCACAGAAGUCACUAGAGAAUAUUGAGAAUUGUGAUCUCCCCAGACCUGCCCAUAUAUGUAGGAAUCCAUUUGCUUGUCUUGAGAGUUGGGAGGGUAACAAAAUUUUGUCUAAAUCGCUUGGUUGCAAUUUAAAUGCUGGCAUGUGCUUACCAGUUGAUUAUCCUGAGCAAAGUUCUGCAGUUAUGGACAUGGAUGGAAAUUAUUUACACUCAAAUCAACCACAUCGACCUGUUGCAAGUGAAAAAUGGGACAGGGAAGCCAGGAGUUCCAAUAUUGCAGCUGCCAUUGCAUCAGAAAGCAAGCUAGACUCAGGGAGUGAUCCAAGCAGGGCUAAGCUGCUGGAAGCCCUCUGUCUUUCGCAAACUCGAGCGCGGAAAGCCGAACUAGCUGCACAAAAAGCUUAUGAUGAGAAAGAGCACAUUGUGAAGCUCUUCCUCAAACAAGCAUCACAUCUCUUUGCAUACAAGCAAUGGAUUCAAAUGUUACAGUUAGAGAGCCUCUUCCUCCAGCUGAGAAUCAAAGACCAUCAGAUAACUUCUGUCCUUCCCAUCCUUCCAUGGAUGCCAUUAAGGAACAAGCCAGUUACUAAAGACAGAUGUGAUGCAAGAAGAAGAGGAAAGAAGCAGAAGAAAUGCAGAUUAUGUAAAUAUGCUUUACUGUUUGCUGUUGGAUUAGGCCUUGCAGGUGCUGGUUUAUUCUUAGGGUGCUGCUUUGGCUUGUUCUCACCAAACUUCUAGGAGGAGACUACUUCCCUUAUUGUAUGUGAAAUCUUAUUUGGAAUAUUUCAGCUGUAAGGUUGGAUUCAAAAGUCCAUAAUGAGAAGAUCGAGUACAGGUAAUUGAUUGGUUGGUUGAUUUUCUCAUAGUACUUGUGAGUUGGUUUUUACAGUAGAUGUCUAUGGAGGUUGUAUUUUCUAAGGAUUUAAAAUUCAUGCAUGCUCUAAAUGUAUAUUGAUGUACAUAUUAUUAUUAUUAUAGCCAAUCAUGAAGGUAUUGUUUGCUGCAUUGUUAUAAGUUA